AUGGCGAAUUUUCGAGUUUUCAAAAAGUCUUCGCCCAAUUCCAAAGUCACCCUUUAUAUGGGCAAGAGGGAUUUUGUCGAUAAUAUUUCUUUUGUAGAACCUGUCGAUGGUGUAGUCGUUUUGAGUGAUGACUACAUCAGGGACCGAAAAGUCUUCGGCCAGGUAAUAUGCAGUUUUCGUUAUGGUCGCGAAGAGGACGAAGUCAUGGGUUUAAAUUUCCAGAAGGAACUCAUAUUGACCUCACAGCAGAUCAACCCAAUUUCGGAAAAACAUGAUACAACGAAAAUGCAGGAGCGCCUUCUAAAAAAACUAGGCCCAAACGCAGUGCCCUUUACUCUACAGAUACCAACGGGUGCUCCUGCUUCGAUCACCCUUCAGCCUGCUCCAGGGGAUACGGGAGCACCCUGUGGUGUACAUUAUUAUGUGAAAAUAUUUGCUGGGGAAAGUGACACUGACAGGGCACACCGCAGAAAUACUGUAACUCUAAACAUUCGCAAAGUCCAAUUCGCUCCUUCCAAAAAAGGGCAACAGCCUUGCACAGUAGUUCGCAAAGACUUUAUGCUAAGUCCAGGAGAAUUGGAGCUGGAAGUCUCAUUGGAUAAACAGUUAUAUCACCAUGGUGAAAAAAUAGUGGUAAGUAUAUGCAUUCGUAAUAACACUAAUAAAGUGGUGAAGAAGAUCAAGGCGUCUGUUCAACAAGGGGUUGAUGUCGUUUUGUUCCAAAAUGGAAUGUACAGGACUCCUGUUGCGAGCAUGGAGACACAGGAAGGUUGUCCGAUACAACCAGGAUCAAGCCUACAAAAAAUAAUCUAUCUCCAACCGACAUUGGAAUCAAAUAAGGAACGUCGAGGAAUCGCCUUGGAUGGCCAAUUGAAGAAACAGGACACCAAUUUGGCAUCAACGACAUUGUUGAAUUCGUUAGAAGACCGCGACGCCUUUGGCAUAAUCGUUUCUUAUACUGUAAAAGUUAAAUUGUUCAUGGGGGCUCUUGCAGGUGAACUUGUGGCUGAAUUGCCAUUCACGCUGAUGCACCCCCAGCCUCAGAAGAAUAAGUUCAUUCGUGCAGACAGUCAAGCAGAAGUGGAACUUUUUCGCCAAGACACAAUUGACCAGGAUGGCAAAGAUCCGAUGUAA